UACAUGAUGAAGGCUGUUCCAGACCGUUUGGGGAUCUUUUUCGGGAAUUGUUUUGCAUUACGCAUGCGAGAAUCAAUCAACUACAGUUCCCACUAGUUAUCGGCACUUCUACGGAAAUCUAUGACGCACAAGCAACUUUAAUAUUGAUAUUAUAUUUAUUUUUAAAUGUUUUCAUAAAACAUGCGGAUGGUAGGGUGUGAGCCGAGGUAACCUGGUAUCUUUGUCAAUUAAACAUUCCCAGCAGUUAUGGCACUUGUGUCUAAAUAUCGAACUAUACAUGCUGACUUAUCUGGAAGGCUUUCAUGUUAGCCUUUAUCUGAGAGGAUGCGGAGGAUCCUUCUCCCCGGGUCCUCGGUGUCCUCUCUGCCGCCUUGCCGGAGAGGCUGCUGCUUCGGCGCGAUGAACGAUGAUAACGCGCGGUUCCUAAUGCUAGCGGUGCUGAUCAUGCUGUAUCUGCUGUGCGGCGCGGCGGUAUUCUCCGCGUUGGAACAACCGAAGGAGCGGCAGGCCAAAGAGCGGUGGGCGCAGCGCUUCGAGAACUUCACCCAGAAGCACAACCUCACCCGGACCGAUUUGGAGACCUUUCUCCGGUCCUACGAGGAGGCGAACGUCGCCGGUAUCCGCGUGGAUACACUCAGACCUCGCUGGGAUUUUACCGGCGCUUUUUACUUCGUGGGGACCGUUGUGUCGACCAUAGGAUUUGGCAUGACCACCCCGGCCACGGUCAGCGGCAAAGUCUUCCUCAUCUUCUACGGCCUGAUCGGCUGCGCCUCUACCAUCCUCUUCUUCAACCUCUUCCUGGAGCGUAUCAUCACGGUGCUCGCCUUCGUCCUCAAGUCGUGCCACGGGCUGCAGCAUCAGCGCCAGGGCGUGGUGCCCCACGAUGGCCGCAGGGAGACGUCACUACCAGGACCCAGAGAUAGAGACAGGGACAUUCUGGCUGGUUGGAAGCCUUCAGUGUACUAUGUGAUGCUGAUUCUCUGUGUGGCCGCUGUGGUGAUCUCCUGCUGUGCCUCGGCCAUGUAUUCAGCGGUGGAGGGGUGGGGCUAUCUGGACUCGCUGUACUUCUGUUUUGUGGCGUUCAGCACCAUCGGGUUCGGGGACAUGGUGAGCAGCCAGAGGGUCGCGUACGAUGGGAACCAGACAGCCUACAGACUGGGGAACUUCCUGUUUAUAUUGAUGGGCGUCUGCUGUAUCUACUCGCUGUUCAACGUCAUAUCUAUCGUCAUCAAGCAGACUCUUAACUGGCUGCUGAGGAAGCUGGGCAUUCUCUGCUGUCGCUGCUGCUCCGCCGGGAUCGGGAAGAGACUCCGGCCUCGCCGGAACGCCGUGAUGCCCAGCAGCACUGGACACGGACACCCCCGGGCGCGGCAGACUGUCUCCAUAGAAACGGACGCGGUGAACGAGAGCGAGACGGAUGGAGGCCGGCGGAUGUCUGGGGAGAUGAUCUCCAUGAGGGACUUACUGGCGACCAAUAAGGUGAACCUGGCACUGAUGCAGAAGCAGCUGUCGGAGGCAGCAAACAAUGGGAUCCCUCGGCCGUCCGUCUCCAUCCAAAACAGACUAAAUGGAUUUUCUGGAGGAGUGGGAGCGCUGGGCAUCAUGAACAACAGGCUGGCUGAGACCAGUGUCAACAGAUGACUAUUACAAUACUCAUCAUAUUAACUUUAUUUCUUUUCAGUACAAGUAACAAAGUGCUUCACAUCAUAAAAUAACCUAAUAAAAUAAAUAAAUAAUAAAAGUACUAAAAGAAAGAAACAAAAAGCCUGGAGGAAGAGGAAUAAAAACAAGACGAUUAUUAGUCAUCUUCGUGGUUGUCCUCUUUAGCUCAGUUGGCAUGGUGAUUGCAAUGUCAGGAUAUUGGGUUUGAUUCCCGGGACCACCCAUAUCUAAAAUAUAUGUUUUGGAUAUAUAUAUAUAUAUAUUCACACUGGAGGUCCACAAAGAUACCUACACAUCAUACAGAGAUGUAUCAUCAUUAAAACAGAAGUCAAACACUGUGAAAAUAUAUACGCUGCCACCACCACCGCCGCCGUCGUCGUCUCUGAAAACCAUGUGUUGACGUCUCAAGAACACGUGAUCCGAGAGACAAACUGGAAGUGCUCACUAAAGGAUGCGGUUUGGGUCCAAAAGUUUAAGACAGGUCACAGUUGGAAAAGGUUUUGGAACGGAGCCAAUGAUGUCGUCCACUCUGGACAUGAUCCACAAAGAACUAUACUGAAAUAAUAUAAACAUAACAUGCAACAAUUUCAACAAUUUUCCUGAGUUACAGUUCAUAUGAAGGAAAUCAGUCCAUUGAAAUAAUUUACAUAAAUGUUCAGACCCAUUACUGUGAGACUCGAAAUUGAGCUCAGGUGCAUCCCGUUUCCAUUGAUCAUCCUUGAGAUGAUUGGAGUCCACCUGUGGUAAAUUCAAUUGAUUGGACAUGAUUUGGAAAGGCACACACCUGUCUAUAUAAGGUCCCACAGUUUACAAUGCAUGUCAGAGCAAAAACCAAGCCAUCAGGUCGAAGGAAUUGUCCGUAGAGCUCCGAGACAGGAUUGUGUCGAGGCAAAUAUCUGGGGAAGGGUACCAAAACAUUUCGGCAGUAUUGAAGGUCACCAAGAACACAGUAGACUCCAUCAUUCUUCAAUGGAAGAAGUUUGGAAUCACCAAGACUCCUCCUAGAGCUGGCUGCCCGGCCAAUCAGGGGAGAAGGGCCUUGGUCAGGGAGGUGAUCAAGAACCCGAUGGUCCCUCUGACAGAGUUCCUCUGUGGAGAUGGGAGAACCUUCCAGAAAAACAACCAUCUGCAGCACUCCACCAAUCAGGCCUUUAUGGUAGAGUGGCCAGACAGAAACCACUCCUCAGUAAAAGGCACAUGACAGCCUGCUUGGAGUUUGCCAAAAGGCACAAAAAGACUCUCAGACCAUGAGAAACAACAUUCUCUGGUCUGAUAAAACCAAGAUUGAACUCUUUGGCCUGAAUGCCAAAAGUCACGUCUGGAGGAAACGGAAGAGUCAGGGUCGAGGCAAAGAUGAAUGGAGUACAGAGGUCCUUGAUGAAAACCUGCUCCAGAGUGCUCAGGACAUCAGACUGGGGUGAAGGUUCUCCAAAAAGACAACGACCCUAAGCACACAGGGUCCUUGAGUGGCCCAGCCAGAGCCCAGACUUGAACCUGAUCCAACAUCUCUGGAGAGACCUGAAAAUAGCUGUGCAGCAAUGCUCCCCAUCCAACCUGACAGAGCUUGAGAGGAUCUGCAGAGAAGAAUGGGAGACACACCCCAAAUACAGGUGUGCAAAGGUUGUAGCGUCAGACCCAAGAAGACUCGAGGCUGUAAACGUUGCCAAAUAUGCUUCAAAGUACUGAGUAAAGGGUCUGAAUACUUAUGUAAAUGUAAUAUCAUUUUUUAAAAUCAUUUUCAAAAAAGUUAUUUUUCCCCCAAAUCUACACACAAUACCCCAUAGUGACAAAGCAUCAUUUUAUCAAUUUUACAAUAACCUUUAACCUAACAAAAAUGUGGAAAACGUCACGGGGUCCGAAUUCUUUCCUGUACUUAUUUGAAAUGCACCCAGCGCACCUUUUAUAGAAGAGUUCAAAGCGAGACACUUCCAAAUGUUCCAGGAACAACAGAUAUUAAAGCAGCUCAUAUGCAGGCAUAUAAACACUUCCCUCCUUGGAGGGAAUCUUUACCCAAGAGCCCGCAGCAUAAUGUGAAGGUAGAACUUUAUACACUUGUGGUGCUAAUCAGACAGCUGUUGUUUUUGUAGCCGGAGAACUGAUUCGUGCCUGUGUGUUUUUUUGUCUGCAUGUGCCUGUGGUCUGGAGCGGGGACACAGAGGAGUCACCAGCGGGGACACAGAGGAGUCACCACACCUGAAUAAUGGAUGAUGCACGGCAUCAAAAGACCCCCCUCCUUUAGCCCCUCUCGUCCAUUGAGGCUCUGUCGGGCAACGCUUUGCACGUCAAAUCAGGGGACUGUCGAGUGACAUUACACGCAACGUCGGUGAAAGUGUCCAGUGUAAUGUUCGAAAACCUUGUUUUACAUAAAAGGUCAACUCAGAAAGGGUUUGAGAAUCGGGUCUUCCCAUCGCUCUCCCAGCAGUCCCUUUGCGCCACUUAAAACAAUGUAAGAAACCACUGUAACGGUGUUGAAAUAAUGUAAACAGAGCAAUGUGAUGGGAUUUUUUAAAGAAUGAAAGGGAUUGUAUAAACAUGAGUUAAAGACAUUUGAAUUGAUGGGCUGCUUUCAUUCUAGAGUUCAACAGUUGAAGUUAUGAUCGUAGUGUGCAUUAUGGCAGCAGUGUAUGGGUUAGGAUUUGUUUCUUUUCGGGAGGGUAUUGCAUCCUUUUUGCAAUGUAUUCUCAUAAUCUGUCAAUGUUGAUUGUUAUUUUAUAUUGUGUAACAGCACAUUGUUUCUUAUGAUUUGGCAUUUGGCACGUCAUAGGAGGCAGAAAAAAACGCCAAAACAGGUUUAUGUUGCCGCUCUCAAACAGCUCAUCCUACUAAUACACAAGGAUUAAUGCUUUACCUUUCUCAUACCCAAAUCAACACAAGGGAUUAACGGUUUCUCUCAACCCCUUAAAAGCUCAUCAAACAAGUUUGUGUGGAAAAAAGUGUAUUUUCCCAACAGUAGGCUACACCCAUUACAACAAGUGAACACCCCCACAGACUUCCUGUUCUGGUGUAUUUCUCCCUGUGCAUCAGAGGCACAGACUUCCUGUUCUGAUGUAGGCCUACCUGUGCAUCAGAGGCACAGACUUCCUGUUCUGGUGUAGGCCUACCUGUGCAUCAGAGGCACAGACUUCCUGUUCUGAUGUAGGCCUACCUGUGUAUCAGAGGCACAGACUUCCUGUUCUGAUGUAGGCCUACCUGUGCAUCAGAGGCACAGACUUCCUGUUCUG